AUGUCAGAGUUUACAGAAGCUUUACUUGAAGUGUCAGAAAAUGAUAGUGAUUCUAAAAUAAGUAGUGAAGCUAAAUCCUUAGCAACAAAUGAGCUUGUUAGCAAGUUCCUACAAUCAAGAGAUAUGGUUAUUGAUGUUGCUAUGAAACAAAUAACAGGGUUGAUUUCAUAUUUUAAGGAAUAUAGAGAAAUUGGUUUUAAAAAUGCCUUGAAUUGUGCUACGGAAAUUGCUAUUGAAUUGAAUAUAGACCCGGUAUUUCCUCAAAAGCGUAUAAUUCAAAGAAAAAGACAGUUUGAUGAGAAUUUGAAUACUCCGACAGUUCAACUAUCUGAAGAGGAAUCUUUUAGAGUUAAUUAUUUUCUUAACCUUGUUGAUCAAGCUAUUGUAUCUCUUAAUAAGAGAUUUGAGCAAUACCAACAAUAUGAAAGUGUUUUUGGUUUCUUGUUUAGUUCUCGAAGUCAUUUUGAAGAAGCAUUGAAACAUAAUGAGCAAUGUGAUAUUGAUGGGAAAGAGUUAUGUAUGGAGUUAAGGUUACUAAGAGAGAUGUUGCCUGCGGAAGAAAUCGGACCUAUUGGUAUAUUAAAGUUUUUGAAAGGCAUGAAUUGUUUUCCUAAUACAACUAUUGCAUAUCGAAUUUUAUUGACAAUUCCUGUGACAGUUGCCUCUGCAGAAAGAAGUUUCUCAAAAUUGAAGUUGUUGAAGUCAUACUUGCGGUCUACCAUGUUACAAGAAAGGCUUAAUGGGUUAGCAUUGAUAGCAAUUGAGAAUGACUUGUUGGAGAAUAUACAAUAUGAAGAUUUGGUUGAUGAAUUUGCUUCAAAAAAUGCUAGAAGGGGGGCUUUUUUUAAGUAG